CUUGACAGUGUUGGGCAGCCAUUCCAAGGGGCUUACUUGGAAAUCAGCAAGAACCCCAAGUACAAAAAACUUAAAGAUGCUGUGGAUGAAAAGAUCAUUAUUGCAGAAGUUGUGAAUAAGAUCAAUAGAGCUAACGGGAAGGCUACAUCCAGGAUUUUCUUAUUAACCAAAAAUAAUGUUCUUCUUGCGGAUCAAAAAUCUGGAAAUAUCAAGUCAGAGGUUCCACUAGGAGAUGUUACCAAAGUGUCCAUGAGCUCCCAAAAUGAUGGCUUCUUUGCGGUUCACCUCAAGGAGGGUUCAGGAGCAGCUGGUAAAGGAGAUUUCCUGCUCAGCAGCGAUCACCUUAUUGAAAUGGCCACUAAACUUUACCGCACUACUCUCAGCCAAACCAAACAGAAGCUCAACAUUGAGAUAUCUGAUGAGUUUCUGGUCCAGUUCAGACAAGACAAAGUGUGCGUGAAGUUCAUACAGGGCAGCCAGAAAAACGGCAACAUCCCAACCUGCAAGCGAAAAAACAAUCGGCUUCUUGAAGUGGCUGUCCCUUAACUGCAGCUGGUGACUCUUCCUUUCAUGGACUUGUUUCUUUGUAAUAGUGCAAUUUUAGUUGUUUGCAAUUUUGCUGGUUUUAUCCUUUUCUGGAGCUGUUGAUGGCUAAUAGCUUUAAGAAACCCUUGGCAAAACUUUUGAUCAAUCAACUUUUUAAUCUUUUUGUUCAUGCCAGAGUUUUAACCCUCAAAAUGCAGAUUUUUAGCCAGAGAGGCAUUUUUACCAGCUGGCACGUAUCAGUCAUACAGGAAUCAUUCUCUUUGUUUAGCAGUCAUAUCUUACUGCAGCAUACUGUAAACCCACAUAUUAACGAUAAAUUACUCAUAUUCCUUAGUCUAGAGAUCUGCUUAACAGGAACCAUACGUGGCCUUGAUGCUUGAUGGCCUCUGCUGCCCAGUGUCCUUUUAUACCGACCUGUUCUGAUGUUCUGACAGGCUCCUUGCUUGCCACCACUGGGGAGACCAGCAGAAUGGAGACUGACACAUCCUGUAGUUAACACUAAGGCCUAUGUAACUUGUUCUUUUAG